AUGCUUAAACUUUAUCGAAUUCGUCAAUAUAUACUCGAUCAAAAUUUCUACAACACAGAAACAGACGAUGAACAUAUUAAAAGAAAGGAACUUAUAUCAAGUCGAUUUUAUUUAAUAUUACUUAUGAUCAUUUUGUAUGCAUAUGCUUUCUAUAUAACAUCAACUACUCAAAUAACUCCCAUUAUUGUUUUUAAACCAACUAUAAAAGAGUACAAAGAAUUGAUCGAACAACAUCCCAAUACAUUAAGUUGUCCAUGUGAGCGAAUUGCUAUUUCAUAUGGAGAAUUUAUUAAUAUUUUACCAGUUUAUCAUCAAAUUUGUUCAUCGGAUUUUGUUAGUCAACAAUGGAUUGAUUAUCUAUUUUAUGAAAAUAGUAGUUAUUAUUUUCAACUUGAUUUUCGUCAUAGUGCCUCAGCUCAAUUUCAAAUUCUUCGUGCGUUAUGCGAACAAGCAGAACAGACUGUUGAUUAUAGUCUAACUCAAUUUUAUUCCAGUCAGUUCAUCACAAAUCAACUGAUUUCUAUGGAUACAUUUGAUAUUCAAACAAACUCAUUUAUUGAACUAUUCAAACGAACCACAUCACCAUUAUUUCUGGACAUAUUCAGUUUGAUUCGACAGGUACUUCUUGAACAGCUCUUCGUUUCAGGAAUGGGAACACAAUAUACCGUUGAAUGUUGUGACAACGAUGACCUUGAUUAUGUAUAUGUAAACGCAAUUUAUUAUUAUGAAACGCAAGAUAAAUACUUCCACUGUAUGUGCUUAGAUUCAUUCGUGUGUAAGCUACCAGGAGGUAUUUAUACUAAUAUAAUUCGAUAUGACCAUGCUGGAUCUACUGGAUGGGAUAAUGAAGCAUCGAAUUAUUCAAAUACUUUGAAUACUAAUGCUACAUUUCUAUUACCUGGUAUAUUCGUUGGUUGUGUUCCUAUUGAAUCAUUAUUCUAUUCAACAAUUGAAUGUCUAUUUGAAGACGCAUGUUUCAAUCAAAUUGGUACGAAUAUUAAUUAUACAUCAAUAUCAAUUCAUUCGUUUUCGAAAUUAAAUCAAUCUUUAUCUACAUCACAAACAACUUAUGAAACAUUAAUAAAUAAUUUAUUUAUUCAACAAUGGAAUACUAAUAUAUCUUUUAAUAAUUAUUUUGAUCAAUGUCAACCAUUACAGUGUCAAUAUACAAAUGAAAUAGGACAAAGUUGGACUUCUAUUUUGGCUUUAGUUAUUAGUUUGUAUGGUGGAUUAGGACACUUUUUACCAUUUAUCAUUCUAGUUAUCGUCAAUUUUUUGUUCAAGAUACACCAAAACCAACAAGCACAAGCUAAUGUUAUUUUACCUGAGAUACCUAUGAAAACUCGUUGGAAACAAUUAACGGAAAAAAUUGUCAAUUUUAUUAGGAAACUAAAUAUAUUCCAGAGUGGAUCAAAUGAUGAACAUAUAAAACAAAAUGAAAUAUUAUCAACACGAUUUUAUUUUAUUGCAUUACCAAUCUUAUUAACUAUAUUUGGUGUAUAUUUAUCAUUGGAUAAACAAAUUAAAAUCAUAACUAUUGACAAUCCAACACAAAAUCAAUAUGAACAACUUAAAAAUAAUUUAUUUGAUAAUCUCCAAUGUCCAUGUAGUCAUAUAUCAAUUAAAUACAAUACAUUUAUUAUUUUUCAACCAAGAUACCAUCAAAUAUGUUCAAGUAUAUUUGUAUCUGAGUUGUGGCUUGAUAAUACAUACUGGCAGGAUGUUGGGCAAUACUUCGAAGAUGGUUUUCACCAACUAUCACCUUCGUUUUUCCAUUUUUUAUUAAUAUUAUGUCAAGCAGCUGAUGAAACAGUAAUUAACAAUUUAGUUCUCUUCAAUGAAAAUGAAUAUUUAACAUCAGAAGUUGUUUCAUCUGAUAUAUUUACUAGUGAAGUAACUUCAUUCAUUGAAUUAUUCAAAACUACAACGCAACUAUUAUUUCAACUUCGCAUGAAUUUAAUUCGACAAAUUUUAUCUGGAAGUCAACUGGUUAAUUUGAGAGAUACAAACAGUGUCUUCACAAGUUUUUAUGGCGAUUAUGGUUUGGAAUAUCAUUCCGUUAUGCGUACAUAUAAUAAUUGCUCGUGUGCUAUCAAUCGGUUAUGUAAACAACCAAUGAUUUUAUAUUCUGCUGCUACACCAGAUAUAUAUAAUAUAUUAGGAAUAGUUCAAGCUUGUUUUGCUAUCGAAACAUUAUUAUUAUCAACAACAGAAUGUUUUUUCAGCAAAGAUUGUAUAAGUACACUACGGUCUUAUAUGUUAACAACAGAAAUAAUAUAUAAACGUUUAAUACCAUUGAAUACAUCCAUAUCAAGUCAAUAUCAACCAAAUACAACAAUAGAAACAAUUGUUAAUAAUUUAUUUGUUGAAGAUUGGAAUGAAAUCUAUUCUUAUAGUCAAUAUUAUGAUCAAUGUCAGCCAUCUUAUUGUUCAUAUACUAUGGAAGAAAAACCAAGUAGUAUAUAUAUAUUUACAAAAUUAAUUGCAAUAUAUGGAGGAAUACCAUUUUCGCAUCGAAUUCGACAACUUUUUCCGCUAGUCAAAACAAAAUUAAUAAAUUUGAACUUAUUUCAAACUCAUUCAACAAAUCCUCAUACAAUUAGAAAACAAUUGUUUACAACUAGAUUUUAUAUUAUUAUUUUAAUCAUUAUUUUUCCUAUUAUUUUAUCAUAUAUAUUAUUGAAUCAAAAAUCAAUAUCUGUUACAGUAAAAUUACAGAGUUUAGAUCAAUAUAAUAAUUUACGAACGAAAUAUCCAACAACAAUUACUUGUCCUUGUACUGAUAUUUCUAUACGUUAUGAUCGAUUUAUAGAACUUAAUCCAUCUUAUCAUCAAAUAUGUUCAUCUGAUUUUGUCAGUCAACAAUGGUUUGAAUAUUUAUUUAAUGAAAAUAAAACUUAUGAAAAAAGUUAUUAUGCUACAGCUUCGGCUCAAUUUCAAAUUCUUUCAUCAUUAUGUAAACAAGCACAAGAAGCUGUGAAUAGCAGUCUUAUACAAUUUUAUUCAACAAAAUUAACCAGUAGCGAGUCAAUAUCUUCAGAUUUAUUACAAAUUCAAAUUGAUACAACUGUUAAUUCCUUUAAAACAUCGAUGCCUCAAACAUUCAAACAAGCAUUGAAUAUGCUCAGCAAUCUCAUUCAUGGUAAUACAUUUAUAACAGCAUAUGAAACAAACUGGAAACUCACUGUGUUAGUUACUUAUUCAGAAGCACCUAUUUAUACAAAUCCUCAAUCAUAUGGUAAUUCAUGUAGUUGUGCUACUUCAUUAAAAUGCUCACAACAAGCAGUACUUAAUGAUACUUUAAAUGUAACAUUACCUGGUUUGUUAAUUGGUUGUUAUCCACUUGAAUCAUUAUUACAAUCAUCAUUAGAAUGUUUAUAUAAUCAACAAUGUUUGAAUUUAAUAAUAAAUUCUUUUGGAGAUCAAAUAUCUAAUGAGAGUAGUUUUGAAAUACUUAAUUCAUCUUUAUUAUCAGAAAGUUCCUUUGAAAUGAAUGAAACAGUUCAAAAUAUGGUCGAUCGAUUAUUUGUUAAUGAAUGGAAUAUUAGUCAUUCUUAUCAAAAUUAUUAUGAACAAUGUCAUCCAUCGCAAUGUACUUACUCAUACAUUCAAAAUUCUGAUAUACCGUAUGUAGUAACAACUAUUGUGGGUUUGUAUGGUGGUAUAACGAUUGUAUUAAAAGUUCUUUCAAAAUUUAUGAUUCAAAUUUUUUUCUGGAUUAAAAAUCGCAAACACACAACGGUUGCACCAUUUCCGCCAUCAACUAAUUAA